AUGGUGCAAAGGACUGUGUUGAAGGUUAAUAUUUCAUGCCAGAAAUGCCAGAAGAGGCUCCUCAAAGCAGUGUCCCGCCUCCAAGGUGUUGAUAAAAUCGAAGUCGAUUCGGCCAAUGGGAUUUUGACAGUGACUGGGGAUGCAGACCCUUACGACAUCAUUGUCCUUUCCAGGAAGGCUUGCAGCUAUGUGGAAGUGGUCAGCAUCGGGCCUCCGCCAGCCCCUCCAAAACAGGAUGGCCCAAAGAAGCCUGAGGCCCCAAAGCCCGCCGAAAAGAAGCCCGAGGCCCCAAAUCCCGCCGCGAAGAAGCCCGAGGCCCCAAAGCCCGCCGAAAAGAAGCCCGACGAAUAUAAGCCCGACCAGCAGGCCCAUUUCCACAACCCACUCACAUAUCAUUAUCCACUGCCCCAGAGAAUUGAGGUCGCUCAGAUGGGCCCUUGGGAAGAGCCCAAUCCCUCCUGCUCUAUCAUGUGA